CCUCGUCAUGUCUAUAUGUACGGCACAACGAAUUCAAGGAAUGGAGGCUGCUGAGGCAAGGAAGACGGUCGACGACAAUGACGCCGCCGCGAUCGAAGACGCCACGGAGCCAGUGCACAGCAACCCCGGUGCCGCGUCGCAAGACUCGGCAUAUGCGAUAUGCACCGAAGAAGAACUGAUCCGAACGUUUGCCAAACCUGGCGACCGAGUGUUGUACUGGGGGUCUGGAUCGCCGCAAGCAUGGCGCGUGCUGAUCGCUUUAGAAGAGAAGCAAAUUGAAUACCGCAGCGUGUGUGCGAGUUUCUCUAGCGGGGUCCUGAAAUCCCCGGCUUUUCGCCAACUCAACCCUCGCAUGCGUGUGCCAGUCUUUGUCGACGGAACUUUUGGCGUCAUUCUGUACGAAUGCGAUGCGAUUCUGGCAUUUCUCGAGAAGUUUUACCCGAAUCCGCUAAUGCCAACUGAUCCCAAAGCGUUCGCCGUGGCUGAAACGCGGCUCCACGAAGCCAACGAAGUCCUCUCAACCGUAGGCGAGAUGGUCGUCUACCUUCGCCGCGCACAAUCGAACGCGAAGAAGAACAUCAAGACCAACAUGGACGUACUCCAUGUCAAGUGGAACGUGCUUGAAACCGAGCUGAAGCUGUGGGAAAUGUACUUGGACGGCCGGCAAUACUUGGUCGGGAACGACGUGUAUCUGUGCGACAUUGUCGUGUUUACAAACGUCGCGUACGCCGUCCGCUGUGGCUUACAGCUCGAUGGUCUCUAUCCACGGCUCGCGAUGUGGUAUCUUCGCAUGUGCUCCCGUCCAUCCGUCGAGAAAACGUGGCCGCCGCACUGGAAGACAACGAUUGGGUUCUCGGUGCUGGCACGGUGCCAUUUCUGCAUAUGCCAGGGCAAAUGUGUGUGUUGCUGUGUCGGCAAUAAUUGAGCCAUUGUCUUCGUCUCA